CUAUUCCCCAUCCGCUGAUCGAUGAGUCAACUCACCAAAGUUCAACAACCGUGAUUGAACUCCAAGAACAAUCCACCUGUUUGGACGCCCCUAGGCCCUAGCAACUUCAAGAAAAUGGAAGCUCCAGGGUCGUCAACUUCCGCCAUGGCAGCCGCCAGCAGCCUCCACAUGGUGGCGAUGCCGUACCUGGGACGAGGCCACAUCAACCCCAUGAUGAACUUCUGCAGGAGUCUGUCCUCCCGAGUCCCAGACAUCGCCAUCACCUUCGUUGUGACGGAGGAGUGGCUCGGCUUCAUCGGUUCCGAGCCUAAGCCCGCCAACAUAUCCUUGGCCGCCAUCCCCAACGUGCUCCCCUCGGAGCUGGUCCGAGCUCAGCACUACUCCGAAUUCUCCGAUGCUGUUUUCACGAAGAUGGGAGAUCCAUUUGAGGAGCUGCUGGAUUGGCUCCGGCCUGUGCCAACUAUCAUCCUGGCCGACACUUCGCUGAAAUGGGCCGUCCGCACGGGGAACUGGAGGAAUAUUCCGGUGGCAUCGUUCUGGCCGAUGUCGGCCUGGGUUUUCUCUUUCUUCCAUCACUUCCAUCUUCUGGAACGAUACGGUCACUUCCCGGUUGAUUUGUCUGAAAGAGGGGACGAGCAGGUCGAUUACAUUCCUGGACUUCCUCCUACACGCUUAGCAGACUUGAUCCGUUCUGGGAGGAAUGAUCCAAUCCUACAAGACUUCCUUGACGCUCUUAAGAUUGCACGUGAGUCUAAGUAUCUCUUGCUCGCGGCUGUGUAUGAGGUGGAUUGUCCGGCUGUCGAUGCUGUUAAAGCUAGCUUGUCGUUCCCAGUCUACACCAUCGGUCUGGCCAUCCCUCUCUCUCGACUUGCAGAUGACUCUUGUUUGAAUGAAGCCGAUUACUUAAAGUGGUUGGACCGUGAGCCAAGCGAUUCCGUCCUAUAUAUCUCCCUCGGAAGCUUUCUCUCGGUCUCCAGCUCUAAGAGGGAUGAGAUUGCAGGCUGUUUGCGUGACAGUGGCAUUCGUUUCGUGUGGACGGGGCACAAGGAAGCCUCGAGGUUGAAAGAGUUAUGCAGCAAUAGGGGAAUAGUCGUGCCAUGGUGCGACCAGUUGAGGGUGCUGUCACGUUCGUCGGUUGGCGGGUUUUGGACGCAUUGUGGAUGGAAUUCCAUUUUGGAAGCUGUUUUCAUGGGAUUUCCUAUGCUCGUAUAUCCCAUAGCUAUGGAUCAACACCGUAAUGCAUCACUAGUCGUCGAAGACUGGAAAAUAGGAUGGAGGGUGGGCACGGAUAUCACAGGGCUCAUGCGUAAGCUCAUGGAUUUGGAAGACAAUGAAAGCAGAGAGAUCAGGAGACAGGCCAAGCAUCUCCAGGAGGUAUGUUGGCAAGCGAUCGGAAAAGAUGGAUCGACUGAGACCAACAUCAAUGCCUUCUUCAGGGACAUUUCCUAUUGCAAUGAUAGUUCAGAAAGGUUUAAUGUAUGAGUUGAUCAGUGAUGUUUCUGCAGUUAAAUUGAUAGGCAAGAUUUUUAGGACAGAAUCAGUACAACACACAUAGCGGACCCAACUAUCAACAGCACGCCAGUUACCUAUAUGGAAUGUCUUCCUGACGGAAUAACUCUCAAGUGGUGGUCCGGGGACAACCGCAAAAGGGGGAGCCGGAAUGAGCUGUACACAACCUCAAUUAUUUGGCAUCAAUAGGAGUCGUUGAUGAGCCGACUCACCACAUUGGGUCGAAACGUUCUUUCUGGAUGAAAAAAUUCAUUUGAACACUCCGUGCACUGAUAGGCAUUAGGCAACUCAUGUACCAUGUAUGGUUCGCUACACUUUGAUCACCUAGUGGAGCUAUAUUUGAUUGUAAGUGUAAUCACGCGGUACUCUGAUUAGCAUCAAAGUCGGAGGACGCUGUCUUAUCACACAGUCACCACCAGCGCCCACAAAUGGACUUCAGAUCACCGCCCACCACCAGCACGACGGCCACUGCCACCGGCACCUUUCGCGAGGUGACAUUGCUCUAUCCUGGAAGAGGCCACAUCAACCCCAUGAUGAACUUCUGCAGCAUUCAUGGCCAGAACCCCCA